GAGAGAGAGAGAGAGAGAGAGAGGCAGCAUCCGCAUCUCCUUCAGUUCUACGCAUUUUCCAUCUCGCUUCCGCCUUUUUCACACCCACACCCCCUUUUCUCUGCGCAAGUGAGAAAGAGAGAGAAGUUUCUUCCUUGUUGCGCAAAACAAUUUCUACUUUUCCAUCUUUCUUGUCAUCUACUUUCCCCGCUUCCACCUGCAUACACCAAAACGCUUGCGAAUUUAGUCGGGGAACUUGCCUUAUUUACUGCCCCAUUCCAUUAUUAGCCCGAUUGUUUGGUUGCAUCUACACUUUCCUCCACUCCUUUUCAAGGAUUUUUCACAAUCCUUUUCGUCACUGCUCUGCUCUCUUCUAGGUAUGGGAAAUUGCUUUGGUUCCUCUGCAAGAGUUGACGCCACUCUCAGCACCACUUCUGAAGCAUCGAGAUUUGCCUGCAAAAACAGCAACUCAUCAGCUCCAUCCAACAUAAGCAUUCCCUCGUACAGUGCUAAAAGCAGUGCAGAAAGCCUCCCCACUCCGAGAUCAGAAGCUGAGAUUCUCUCAUCCCCUCAUGUGAAGGCGUUCUCCUUUAACGAGUUAAAGAAUGCUACAAGAAACUUCCGACCUGACAGUCUUCUUGGGGAGGGAGGAUUCGGCUAUGUCUUCAAAGGAUGGAUCGACGAGCAUACUCUUACUGCUGCCAGGCCUGGAUCAGGGUUGGUCAUUGCUGUCAAGAAGUUAAAGCCUGAAGGGUUCCAAGGCCAUAAAGAGUGGUUGACAGAAGUUAAUUACUUGGGUCAGCUUCGCCAUCCAAACCUAGUUAAACUUAUUGGCUACUGCUCGGACGGUGACAAUCGGCUAUUGGUCUACGAAUUCAUGCCAAAAGGAAGCCUAGAGAAUCACUUGUUCAGAAGAGGGCCUCAACCUCUAUCUUGGGCUACUAGAAUCAAGGUGGCUAUAGGUGCUGCCAGAGGCCUUUCUUUCUUGCAUGAAGCUGAAGAGCAAGUCAUAUACAGAGAUUUUAAAGCAUCAAACAUUCUUCUAGACGGGGAAUUCAAUUCGAAGCUGUCCGAUUUCGGUUUGGCAAAAGCUGGCCCAACUGGUGAUAGGACCCAUGUGUCAACUCAAGUUAUGGGUACACAUGGAUAUGCUGCACCUGAGUAUGUUGCCACAGGUCGGUUGACAGCAAAGAGCGAUGUUUACAGCUUUGGGGUGGUUAUGCUCGAGCUGCUAUCUGGGCGCCGUGCUGUUGACAAAACGAAGGUAGGUGUCGAGCAAAACCUAGUGGAUUGGGCAAAGCCAUACAUGGGCGACAAGAGAAAACUGUUCCGCAUAAUGGACAUCAAACUGGAGGGGCAAUACCCUCAGAAAGCAGCCUUCACCGCUGCCACCAUUGCUGUGCAAUGCCUGAGCCACGAGGCGAAGCAGAGGCCUCGUAUGGCGGAGGUCUUGGCCAAACUGGAAGAGCUCCAAGCGCCCAAGUGCGCAAUCAGACACUUGAAGACAGACAAUCAGCAAGGUGAGCACGUGCCCAUUUUGCAGUCGAAGCACCAUUCGCCUAUGAAUAUGACACCGUUGGCAUCUCCUGUGCCAGCACACCGUAGAUCCCCCCGUGUAAGAUGAGGCGGGUUGCUAGUUGUUGUAUGCUUAUCAUAUGAUAUUACCUUAAUAUUCAUCUGUAAAUUUCCCACUUAGGAUCACAUUUUCGUGUUCGUAUUGGUGGUGGAUUGUGGGCUUAUGAGUGAAAUCUAAUAUCUGUAUUAUUUUUUUGGGAGGGAAAUUCAAUAUGAAUUGAAUCCGAGAUCUCUCCUUUUCACAUAAAAGAAGCCCAUUUUAUUUCCUUAA